GAAAAACAAAUUAAAUCUCGAUCGCUCAGAGAUAUAUAUAUAUAUGAUGAGCAAAUCUCUACUCAAUUCUUGUUUUCCUAUCAUCCGUAGACGCCAAGGAAUAGUCACGCUCGUUUUCUUUGAGCAAGGAUCAACCAAAACCCUAUGUGGCUUCAAGAAACAUGUUGCUGGAGAAAUCAUGUUUGAGUUUCCUGAUCAAAUUGUGUGCCAUGCAGAUUCUUUCUUCAUCGGUCGUCAGGUUCCAGCUUUAGCCAUGGACGACUAUCUUAUCCCAGGUGAAACCUAUUUCGUCUUGCCCAUCGAACGUUUUGCAUACAGAAUCUUAACCACUUCGUCUCUCUCAAUCUUCAACUCUAAUCUUGAAAACGUUCGGUCGGGUACUCCUCCGUUGAAUUUCACGGCGCCGUCGAGUCCACCACCGUUUGAAUAUUCUCAGGGACCAAACGGGAAGAUUCUGAUUAAAGUUUCUCCGGAUUUUAUACUUAGUCGUAUGUGUAAAAACAGAAACAGCAGAGAAGAAGAAGAAGAAGCAAUAACUUGCGGUGAAAGCAGUUCGAUUUGUAAUUCUCCCGAGUUAAAGAAGCAAUAUGAUCAGCUUGUUGGAACGAGAGAGCACAUGUGGUCACCGAAUUUGCAGACGAUAUCCGAACAUAAGAUUAGGGUUUCUCCAUUAAGGUUCUUCAGUCUUAAUCGGAAGCAAGAAGAAGUGAAUUGAUUGGCUUUGGAAAAGAAAAAUAGUGAAUUGAAUAGGCUCUUAAAAUUAUUCUUAUUUCCCUUGUAUUUUGUUUUUGAGAAAAAAAUGUAAAAAGAUUAAAAAAAAUGUAAAUUAAUUAGAGUUAGUUAGUUGGUAUUGUUUGGUUACAAAAUGUCGCAUGAACAAGUUGGCAAAUUGAAUGUUUUGGGUGUAAUUCUACAAAGUAAUAUAUAAAUUUUGUUAGGUA